AUGGACGGCAGCGCCCCCAGUGGCCUUCCCAGGGACGGCAGUGCUCUCAGGGGCCCUCUCAGGGACGGUAGCACCAACAGGGCCCUGUCAAGGGCUUUUCCAGGGACAGCUGCAAUCCCAGGCACCCUCUCAGGAAUGGAAGCGAUCCAAGAGGCUCUCCUAGGGACAUUGGCACUCCCAGGGGCCCUCUCAGGGAAGGUGGCGCCCUCAAGCGUCCCGUCAGGGGCGCUAGAUCCCCCAAGGGAUUUCACCGGGAAAGCUGCUCUCCUCGGGCCCCUACCAGGGACAGUGGCGCCUCCAUUGUUUUGGGGCGCCGCCUCCCCUAGGAGGACCUAUUGGUCCCUGGAAGCAAUGGUGCCCCAUGAAGAGGCCUGGAGGGAGCCACCGCCUCUGGAAGGGCCCUUGAAGGCACCACAGCCGCUGGCAGGGCCUCUGGGAGCACCGCGGCAGCUCGGAACGUGCCUGGAGGCGCCCCCGUCCCUGGAAAGGCCCCCAGGGAUCAUGACUGCCGCUGGCUCCAGUGGGGACGUCAGCCGCCCUGUGAGGGUCCUAGGCGUCCUCGCGAAGUUCUAUGGAGUGCCGCCUCCUGAGCCUGAAGUUCGGCUGUCCGAGGAGCCCCUGUCGAUGCUGCCUUCCCUGGAGAAGGCCCCUAGGAUUACAGUUAUCUUCCGACCGCCCCCUGGUGGCUCCAGCGCCUCUGACAGGUCCCCUGUAUGCACCGCCGACCCUGAGAGGCCCGAGCGCCCCCGUAUGGCAAGAUCACCACAGGAAUAUGUGGCGAUCCCAGGGUCCCUUACACGGACGGGGGGCGCCUUCAGGUGCUCAGGAUGGCGGCACCACCAGGGGCCAUACCACGGCAGUGGCUUCGAGGCCCUUCCAAAGGCGGUGUCUCCCAAGGGUCCUCUAUGGGGUUUUCUGCAAAAAUCCUGCCAGGGCCGCAGCGCGCCUCCAAUGGGCACUCCUAGGGCCAGCGGCGCUGGGGCCUCCUAG